AUGAAGACAAUUCGGGAUGAAUUCAAGGCAAAAAUUAGUCAAGAAUGGAGGGUCAAAACCAUAGCAAGUUCAACGGAGAAUUGGAGCAAAGGGCUGUCCUAUAUGCAUCACAACUGCUCACCGCCAAUUGUUCAUAGGGAUGUAAAAUCCAGCAAUGUUCUUCUAGAUUCCGAGUUCAAUGCCAAGAUUGCAGAUUUCGGCUUAGCCAGAAUGUUGAUGAAACAAGGUGAUCCCAACACAAUGUCCACCUUUGCUGGCACAUGUGGGUAUAUAGCUCCUGUCACCUCACCGCUGGGAGAUGAAACUGGAAUUUUCCGGUGGGCUGUGGCUGAGAAAUCACUCACGAACGAAGGUGUUUAUGGCACAACGAUUGAAAACCGGGACCUAGGCAUGAUGAAGCGUAAAAUGAAGACAAUUCGGGAUGAAUUCAAGGCAAAAAUUAGUCAAGAAUGGAGGGUCAAAACCAUAGCAAGUUCAACGGAGAAUUGGAGCAAAGGGCUGUCCUAUAUGCAUCACAACUGCUCACCGCCAAUUGUUCAUAGGGAUGUAAAAUCCAGCAAUGUUCUUCUAGAUUCCGAGUUCAAUGCCAAGAUUGCAGAUUUCGGCUUAGCCAGAAUGUUGAUGAAACAAGGUGAUCCCAACACAAUGUCCACCUUUGCUGGCACAUGUGGGUAUAUAGCUCCUGAGUAUGUAAAAACUAGAAAAGUGAAUGAGAAGAUUGAUGUAUAUAACUUCGGGGUGAUCCUUCUGGAACUGGUGACGGGAAGAGAGUCGAACGAUGGAGAUAUGGAUUGGUGCCUAGCUGACUGGGCACAAUACUAUGUUGUAGAAGAAAACCCCAUUGAGGAUGCUUUAGAUGAGGAAAUAAAGGAGGCAGAGAACAUAGAUGUGAUGUGUGGAGUGUUCAAGCUAGGGAUCUUCUGUACUGGUAAAACUCCAGCUCAAAGACCAACCAUGGGAGAAGCCUUGCGGAUCCUCCAACAUCCCAGCCCUCUAUCACCAUAUGGCAAAGAAAUAAGUGUUAGUGAGCGUGAUGUUUUACCGCUUAUUAAGUGUUCUAGUAGUGAGGGGAUAUUGGAAGAUGAAGAUCAUUGUUUAGAAAUACAGGAUAGAAACUGUGAAAUUUUGGACUUUAGGCAAUAG